AGGUUUACAUCACCCGGGCUGGAGCUGUAGCCCGGCGCUUGGCGCCCCCGAGACAUUCGCAGCGGAAGCGGCGGCGGCUCCGCACGCGUCCGGCUGCCGGGGACCGAAGCCGGAGCCCGACCCGGAGCCGAGCUCAGCCACGACGGAGCAGCGCGGGCCACCCAGGGGUGCCUGGGGACUCUGAGCUUGGCCGGCGCCAGGACUCCGUCGCGCGCGAGGGCAGGAUGCGAGCCACCUCUCUGGCUGUUCCUGAGGGUGUCCCCUCCAGGAAGAAGCGGUUGGAGUUGGAUGAUGACCUAGACACUGAGUGUCCCACCCAGAAACAUGCUCGAUGUGGGCCCCAGCCCAGGCUGCCCUCCUGCCAACUGCCCCUGAGCCCACCCCCUGCUCCAGUUCACACCCCUGCUGUGACCACUGCCUCCAGGCUUGGACCCUAUGUUCUCCUGGAGCCUGAGGAGGGCAGCCGGACCUACCGCACCCUGCACUGCCCCACAGGCACGGAGUACAUCUGCAAGGUGUACCCGGCCUGCGAGGCCCUGGCGGUGCUGGAGCCCUACUUGCGGCUGCCCCACCACCGCCAUGUGGCCCGGCCGGUGGAAGUCCUGACAGGCACGCGGCACCUCUAUGCCUUCUUCCCGCGGCCGCAUGGGGACAUGCACAGCCUGGUGCGCCGCCGGCGGCGCCUCCUGGAGCCCGAGGCCGCAGCGCUCUUCCGCCAGAUGGCCGCCAUCCUGGCGCACUGCCACCAGCACGGGCUGGUCCUGCGCGACCUCAAGCUGCAGCGCUUCGUCUUUACUGACCCAGAGAGGACAAAGCUGGCGCUGGAGAACCUAGAGGAUGCCUGUGUGCUGACCGGGCCUGACGACUCCUUGUGGGACAAGCACGCGUGCCCAGCCUAUGUGGGCCCCGAGAUCCUCAGUUCCCAGCCAUCCUACUCAGGCAAGGCAGCAGACGUCUGGAGCCUGGGUGUGGCACUCUUCACCAUGCUGGCUGGUCACUACCCCUUCCAGGACUCAGAGCCUGCCCUGCUCUUUGGCAAGAUCCGCCGUGGGGCCUUCGCCCUGCCCGAGGGCCUCUCGGCCCCGGCCCGCUGCCUGGUCCGCUGCCUCCUCCGAAGGGAGCCAACUGAGCGGCUCACGGCCUCAGGCAUCCUGCUGCACCCUUGGCUGCGGGAGAAUGUGAUCCCUACACCCCCCUCGCGAUCCAGCCUCUGCGAGGCCUACCAGGUGGUCCCAGAAGGGCUGGGGCUGGAGGAGGCAGAGGAGGAGGGAGAGAGAGACGUGUGUCUCUACGGCUAACGCCACCCUACUGGACUCUCAGCCCCAGACUGCCAGUUGAGGCUGGGGUAUCUCUAAGCUCUCUCCUGCCUCUUUGAACUGAGCCAACAACCUUAAGUGCCUUCUGGGAGGGAGAGAGGAGGAGGUGUGUGUGGAGUGUGCUGGAUGCACACACCUGUGCACAUGAUCUCGUGCCUCACCGAGUCCUCGGGAGCUCGCUGUGCCAAGCCCCGCUCCCAGUGCUGGGAACACAGCAGUGAACGACAGAGACAAAACUCCUGCUCACAGAGUUGACAACACUUUCCAUGCCCACCAGGCAGUGUCUACACUGAGCACCCACAGUGCAGGUAUUGGCAUCCACUCAUGCUGAUGCCCAGGUACCUCUGACAUGGGACAGUCCCUUUCACAAACAACCCAGCUGCCUUUCUAUCUUGCACCUUUUCAGAGAAAGGGAAGCAUCCCUGUGCCAAAGGCUCCAGGCCCCUCCCCUGUAACUCAGGACUCUAGAGAACAGACCAUGCUGGGAAUUGUGCUCCCAGCAGCUCUGUCCUCUUGGUCAAGGGCUUCUCCAUCCAGGCCUGAGCCAAGGAUUUGGGCUGGAAGAUCAAGAGUGCAGAUGGUGAAGCUGGUCUUCAUCUAAUUCAAAGAGUAGCCUGGAGUGAAGGGCCAGGCCUGUCCACCUCAGUGGCCCCUGACCUGAGCACCAGAGUUGGGCUGGGAUCAGGCAGGUUCUGUCCCCUGGCCUCCUGAAAAGUCCCAAGCUCUGUUCUAGGGACACUUGGGGUCCAGGACCCUAUAUCAACACUGUGGGUUUUGGAUGCCAUGAGUAUAUGUUUUUAUCUUGUGCCUAAUAAAGGAAUUAUGAAGUA